AUGACUCUGGUCUUAUUCAUCCUACCAUUUCUUUCCUAUCAGUCAGAGCUGAACACUAUCUGUCCAGUUUCUCGCUCACAUCACUUUUUAUGCUCACCCCUACUCAAACAUGCAUGCGGUUACCAGUUUAAAUUAAAUAACGAUUAUAUUAUAUGUAAAGGUCUAGGUUAACUUUGUACCCCCUGACCUUCCUGUAGAUCCCUUGUGUUGAAAGACAAAGCCUUGGUAAUUCAGCUGAUAGAUUUAACUACUCAUUUACAGCUAAAAAGAAUUCUGUGUGCACGCUGUUAUUGUCUUUCUGUAAUUCGAUCAGUGAAAUCCUGGGCAAGAAGUUGAUGUUGAGUGCUAUGAUGCUGUAUUAUCACCUGUCCCUCUAUAGUCUCAUUCUGGAGAAUAAAAAUAAACCAGCAGUAUUUUCCUAACAUUCUGUAAAGUUUUCACAGCUCAACUGCUGUUUUUAAAAGCUUAUUAUUUUUCAAUUGGUGGAUUGAGAGGUAGUUUGGGAAGUCUGUUACAGCCUUUCUGUGUGUUGUUUCUGUCCUGGAUACACAGUGAACCCAUGGGCAAACUUUGAGAGUGAGAGCGAGAGAGAUCAAAGAUAGAACUUUCAGUGAGCAGUCUGUUCUUUUAUUUGUCCUUUCUUGCACUGAAAAACAUUUCAACCUGUAAAUCUUUGACUGCUGCCUUUUUAAGUAGAGUCUAAGAAGUGAUGCAAAUGUGGCAACCUGCAAAGUAAAGUUUAUUGCACUUUAAAAAAAAAAAAUUACUUUAAAUUUAAUAAGUAAAUCAAGUAUACUGACAUCAUAAUGGUGCAAAACAUUUUUACAGUGGGCAAAAUUUGGUCAACAAAUUGAGUAUUCAUAAUAUUUCAGAUCUUUCUUAUGAAAAAUCCUCCUCUGUGAAACUGUUGAAUAUUUAGCAGACAAGUAUUUAACCUCAACCUUUCCUUCCUAAUCCUGUCACUCUUAAAACCCCCAAGUCAGUGGAAGCUAUUAUGUAAGCCACUUUGCCUUAUCUGAUAUCUCACAAUGUAUAUUCCAUAUAAGGCCACAAGCAGGUAUGACUUCCUUUGUGUUUUUCCUUGAAGGACAGAAGAGGAAAUUGUUUAUGACAGCUCAUAUUAAUCAUUAAGGUAAAAAUAUCAAAAAGUUAGGUUAGAAGUUUAAUGUUUCAAUUUAUUUACCUUUUCCUCAUUUGUAGCUUUUUAAUAACUUUUUGUGAUUUAUUCAGACAUUUUGUUAUAUAGUCAGUUUAAUCACUUUUACACGUCUUUAAACUACAGGAUCUACAAUAUAAUGUAGAAAAUAAAAAACCAUCCAUCCAAAAUUAAUUUAACGCUGAUCUUCUGACCUUGCAUUCUUUGUUAGUGAGGGGAGAACUGUCACCCAAUCGAUCGUCACGAGGCGGCCGGUGUCGUCACUCUGCCCUCUCUAUAAAACUCCCCCCGACUCACUCACCUGGUUAGACAAACACCUCUAAUCUACAGCUGAGCGCACGCCUAUUUUGAUAGUCAGUAUUUUUACAGCCUGUUUAGAUUCUAGGAAUUUUAAAAUUCUGAAAGCACUAAAAGUUUAUAAAAGACAACUUUUAUGAAUCUUGCAAAUUUUUCAUAUUUCACUGGCAUGUGCAACAUGACGGCAGAGUCCCAGCACUCGCCAGCCGAGGCGGGCAGUCCAGUGGUGCUGUCUCCCAACGUGAGUCUGGACUCCCCGAUACCUCUUCCUCCACCGGCGCUGAACCACCAGGCUCGAACCAAGGACGGUGUUCUCAUCAAAGCCGAGCCUCGGGGCAGCAGUCCAAACACCGAGAGGGAGGAAGGGGUUUCACUGGGUCAAACCGAAGAACAUCUGCCUGCCACUGGCAGCCGGCGGAGGAAAAGGCCAGUGCAGCGAGGUAAACCUCCCUACAGUUACAUCGCACUGAUAGCAAUGGCCAUUGCCAAUUCACCUGAGAGAAAACUCACCCUCGGCGGCAUCUAUAAGUUCAUCAUGGAACGCUUUCCUUUUUACCGCGAGAAUUCCAAGAAGUGGCAAAAUUCCAUACGGCAUAACCUCACUCUCAAUGACUGUUUUGUGAAGAUCCCGCGAGAGCCCGGUAGGCCCGGCAAAGGAAACUACUGGACGCUUGACCCCGCCGCUGAGGACAUGUUCGACAACGGGAGUUUCUUGAGACGGAGGAAGCGCUUCAAGCGGACUGAUGUUAGCACAUAUCCUGGGUACAUGCAAAGCUCGAGCGCUUUCACGCCAACACCGAUGGGUAGACAGGCGUACCCCAACACCUUGUACCCGGGUGUGACGUCUGGCUACGGGUCACAGUUGCCUGGUUCUCCGCACCCGGCGAUGCUGCAUCACUAUCAGGCAUCGGCCGGGGUCACGCAAGGCCAGCCCAGGAUGUUCAGCAUCGAUAAUAUUAUUAGUCAGCAGACAAUGAUGCAAAGCGGAGGAGAUCUCAACCCGCAGUCUCUCGGCCUGGGUGCGGGAGACUUGGGUGCCAUGACCUCCAGCUGUUCUGUAUCAACCCCUGACCCAACCUGCUUUCAGUCACAACCGAUAAAUCCAACGAGCAACAUGCUGAACAGGAACACGGGAUCUCUUGCUUCAAACAUGACAGCAAGUUACACGUAUCCCUCCUCGACUUCGCCUACUCACCUGUCCGGGGUCACGCAGUCCAGCUUCUCUCCGGGAGGAUCACAGGUGUACUGUUCGGGGAACAGGAUUUCGCUGCCCCCUGUGCGUUCUGGCUCGUGCGCAGAUCAUACAGAAUCCCUUUUAUCUCUCUCCGGACCAGCAAUGAACUCCUACAAUAAUUCAUAUAUGAGACAAGCCAAUUUUGCCUCAGGACUGGAGCGAUACAUGUGAAAACUUUUGCACUGUGAUAACACGUUCCCACUACGUAUUAAUGGCCCCGAGAUUGAGUUCAUAUUCUUAUUAUGUAACAAAAGUUGUGUACCGUGUGACAGAAUUAAAUAGUUUUUGAUAUGCGUUCAAAGUAUUUUGUGUUAGCCUAUAAAAUAAAGAAUUACAGUUCUGGUAUUGAUAUGUAGUCUGAGACAUUGUUUGACUACAUGUCAGAAGACAAAACGCACGGAACAAUGUAAAUAUUAUAA